GCGUGCGUUUCCCCCCUGUGCAAGAACAAGCCUACAGACACACAGCACACAAGGGGUGGGUCAUUAAUAACUAAUUACCGCAGGUCAGACCCUAACGCAUAUAUAAAGCCCACCGGGAGCCGGCACAAGAGAAACAUUUUCAGCACUGCGCACCAAGAGGACAGAUCGAGUUUAGAUAGAGAUUUCUUUUCAUUUUUUUUUUUAAAUAGGCACAUUGAUUUUUGUUAAAUAACAGACUUGUUGUGUAACUGAUUUAUUCCCAAAUAAGCGACAUUUCAAACUGGUGUUAAAUCAUAGUGAGAUUAGACAUUAUGGGUUCAGUGUUGCCCGCUGAAGCGCUGGCCCUGAAGGCUGGAUUUAAGCCGCACACACUGGCUCUGUCAGACAUCAUCACCUCAGACAUCCUGCACAGUUUCCUGUACGGCCGCUGGAGGAACGCGCUGGGAGAGCAUCUGUUCGAGGAGAAGAGCAGCGCCGUGGGACCCAAAACGGCCUUCACCGCGGAGGUUCUGGCGCAGUCCUUCUCCGGAGAGGUGCAAAAGUUGUCAAGUCUUGUGUUGCCCAGUGAGGUGAUCAUCGCACAGAGCUCCAUCCCUGGUGAAGGUCUUGGCAUCUUUUCCAAAACAUGGAUCAAGGCAGGCACUGAGAUGGGACCCUUCACUGGCAGGGUCAUUGCACCUGAACAUGUAGACCUCUUUAAGAACAACAACCUCAUGUGGGAGGUUUUUAAUGAAGACGGGACAGUGCGCUAUUUCAUUGAUGCCAGUCAAGAGGAUCAUCGAAGCUGGAUGACCUACAUCAAAUGUGCCCGGAAUGAGCAAGAGCAGAACCUAGAGGUGGUGCAGAUUGGAAGCAGCAUAUUCUACAAAGCAGUGGAGACAAUACCACCAGAUCAGGAACUGCUGGUAUGGUAUGGAAAUUCCCACAACACAUUUUUGGGCAUUCCUGGGGUUCCUGGCAUAGACGAAGAACAUCAAAAGAAGCAUAAAAAUGAUGAUUUCCACGUGUGUGACACCUCGUCGUCGAGCACGUCCCUGGCCACUGCGGGUCGCAUGCGCUGCGUGAUCUGCCACCGCGGCUUCAAUUCACGCAGCAACCUGCGCUCACACAUGCGCAUCCACACACUCGACAAGCCCUUCGUCUGUCGCUUCUGCAACCGCCGGUUCAGUCAGUCAUCCACGCUGCGCAACCACGUGCGCCUGCACACCGGCGAGCGCCCCUACAAGUGCCACGUGUGCCAGAGCGCCUACUCACAGCUGGCAGGCCUGCGUGCGCACCAGAAAAGCGCGAGGCACCGUCCUCCCAGUGGCGGGCCCGUGGUGGGGCUGCAAACUCCCUCACCUCCUCCUCCUCCUCAAAUGGCAGCGGUGCCUCACCCGGCCUCGCUGGUGCACCACAUACCCACCAUGGUGCUAUGAGCUGUCAAAGUGUCCCUUUGCUUUCAAACUUUAUAGCCUCAUAGAGCACAUGCCGCUGUUUGAAGUCGCACAUCCUCUUAGUGGAUGCUGUGUUGUUCAUGCUCUUGGCUGUGUGUAGGAGACUCGGUGUACUUGAUGCACAUGGCUGAGGAGCACAAGUUGUGACAGUACUGACAUGAGCACCAGAGUGCGGUUUUGUACGUUUAUUGUGUUGAAUUCUCAGAGGCAGACAAAGCAGAACGUGCUGAGUAGAAACCUUGAGUCUUCUUGUAUCUGUUAUAUGUGGCUCAUCCAAGAGCGAGCAAUCUCAAUGAGGUGGUCAGUCAAAGUGUGUAAUCGAUUAAUCUUUGCAUGCAAAAUUGUUACAGUGUAAAUAAAAAGGAGUGACAGCAUGUAAACAUGCCCCACCAUUAUUAGGUGACAGAAAAAUAGCCACACUUUUUUUUAAAAAAAAUAUAAACCCUCAAAAGAAUGCACAUUAUGAGGCUGCCGUCGUGUAUCAGUGAAUAUGUGGACAGGUCAAAAAUGAAUAUAUUUUAAGCCUCACUGGCUCCACCUACUGACCUGCAUGUCACCUCCAGUGAGUAAAGUUCAGGAGCACAAAAUUGUAAAUAAUCUGUGUAAGGUUUGUAAAGUAAUGUGAAUAUAAUUUUAAAAUCUACUUCUGCAAUUUACUGAACAGUCACUUUAUUUGUGUAUGUAUGUAAAACGUAAAUAAGAAUAAUUGGCUCUAUUAUAUUAUGUACUUUGUUUGCUGAAAUAAACUCUUUGAAUAUUCACAUUGUAUGCUAAUAAAUGAUUACUUAAUCA